AUGAAAAAAAGAGCUUGGCCCAGAAACCCCUGUUGCUCCUUUUGCAACCAAUUGGAAACAACCUCGCACUUGUUGUUCCUGUGUCCGGAGUCUAGAGUAAUCUGGAGAACUGUAGGGGCUCUUCUUGGGACGGAUUGCUGUCCUAAUUCCAUCUGGCAGUAUUACACCUGGAUGUACAGCUUCCUGCCUGGUUUUGAAAAAAUUUAUACUGUGGGCUUGGCAGCGAUAUGCUGGGCCAUAUGGCUAGCCCGGAACAGAGCUACUUUUGAACGCAAAUGGAUUAAUUCUCCUUUUGAGAUCGUGUUCACAGCUUGCGCCUUUCUAAUAUAUUGGGCAGGUCUUCAGAAACCUGGGAUGGAAGAGAUGGUGAAGAAGGGAGCGGAGAUGCUGAAAGCGAAUAGUACUCAGAUGAUGUUGCUGUGUGGACCUCCUCCGGCGCCAAACAUGGACGGGCGCGACUGA